AUGGCGCCCACCGAAGCCGCCAUCCUGCACAACUACUUGACUGUCCCGGCGCAGCUGCCCUCAGCAAUCACUCUCGAAGAGUUCACCGAGCUUUUCCCUAAACCGCACCGCGCAAACCCGCAAAUUCGCUCCUUGUACCGUGAUCUGCAACACCAAAGGAGGGCGCUCGUUGACACGGUCACGGAAAACAUUGAGAAUGAGGAGAUGAACGGGCGGGUCAUCAAGCGCGAAAUUGCGCGUGCCCAGAAACGUGCGAAAGCUGAGGAUGCCGAUCAGGAGCUUGAGAUUGAGAGAGCGCUAUUUGGCGUGGCUGGGGCGCAAGAUCCCAACCAUACAAUUAACUCCAUCGUCCCAGAGAUGGACACGGCGAUAGCGGAUCUCGAAGCAGAAAUUCAGGAGCUAGAGGCUCAGGAAGCAAAACUUAUGGAGUCGGUCAAACAGACAGUCGGCAGCAUGAGCGAUCUACGCUACGGACGCCUCGCCAACCCCAAGCUCGGAGAGGACGUCAUUCAAGGUCUCAAGAGUGUGCAAGAUGCAUGCGACGGAAAAAGUUGA